UGCAUAUUUGAAUAUUCAAAUGCAUACCCCACAAUCAUUGUUAAUCGUUAUGACGACAAGGUUGUACACUGUGUAUAUAUAGGAAUGACAAAACGCAGAAGUAAAUACAGAAUAAAUACAACGGACCUGUAUUUCUGGUUCACGUCUUAGCCACGUUUGGAGGUCCUACCUCGUGUUUCGUUUGUUUCCAUUGAGUGAGUUGAUCCAGCACCUUGCGCUAUCCACUGACUGAAUCCUCUACCUGAUCGGCUUUGCACUGCAUUCUUCUCAGUUUUGUGUCUCCGAGCAAAAUGUCGGGUGAAAAGCCAAAGGUCUACGAAGGUGUUCGGGUGAAGAUCACCGUAAAGGAAUUGCUGGAAAAGCGCAGAGCUCGUCAAAUGAAAUUGUCAUCGGAAUAUGCAAACUCUUGGUAUCAAGAUGCUGUUGCCACACCUUCCUUAAGUCUGGUGCCAGAGCCAAGUGCACAACCCUGGCCCUGUGAGGACAACCCCAGUGACUAUGGGACAGAGUGUCUCUCAUUAUACAGUGAUAACUUCAGCUCGGCUCAACAGACUGAACCUGCAGCAUACAGUGAACCCUGCAACUACACUCAUCAACAGCCCUGGUCCCUUGGACUUAUAUUGCACAAGGACUAUAGGGAAGGACAGGCCUCCUGGUCCUCAUUAGAGACUUGGACUCCGGCCUGCACACCAGAGAAAAUUAAUCCUUUGGACACCCAUCAUCUCCCCUCCUCACUACAAGAAUACUCAGACCCUGUGGAUCCCACUUACAUAUCGCUUAAUACAAAUGUCACUCAAUAUGAUACCUCUGUGUACUCAAACCCUACUGAAUCGACCUCUACAAUACAGUGGAUGCCCUGA